GCCAUUGUCACAACACUUCGCAACGCGUAACAUUACCUCUAGUUUCCCAAUGAAUUCUGUAAAAUUUUCACUCGCUUUAACGUUAGGCCUCAUUCUAGUCCAUGGCGCUGCGAUAGCAACGGCUUAUCAGUUCACUAGUUUCGAGUUCUACGCACAGUUUCUCAAUGGAGAGUUUCUCGAAACGAACCUCUUCGGAGGCCGUACGGCGAAAGCAGAAGCGAAGGUCGAAGAAACUGUACAGCAGCCCCGCGAUCCUCAAGCUCCGUCGUAUCUUAGCGGUGUGUAUGAGUAUUUAACUUACUGGGAUCGCCGGUACUGCUCGCUGGCGGGCGAAAGCCGAGAUCCCUCACACGGAAACCAGAAACCACCGUUGAGGGUCGAGUGUAUCCCGACCAACGGUAACGGGACGCUGAAAAUGAUAACGUCGCUAAAGGAAGUGGUCAGCGUGCUUGCACCGCACGGAAACUCGACGAAACGGAACCAGGCCGGAAGCUGUGUGGUGAUGUUGUUUUACAGCAAAACGUGCAUCUUCAGUGCCAUGAUGGCGCCCCAUUUCAACGCCCUGGCACGCCAUUUUUACGACCUAACCGUAGCGGCAAUCGAUGCGAACGAGUUCCAUGUCCUGAACGCCGAGUUUGGCAUCGUGGGUCUGCCAACGAUCAUGUUCUUUCACCAAGGACGACCACUGGUGAAGUACAACCGGUCGGAGAUUUCGGUCGAUUCGCUGUGGAUGUUUGUGACGCGGCACAGCGGCAUGGAGCCAAUGUUGGCGAAUCGCAAAAAGCUGCCCGCCGGCCACUACACGCUGCACUACAUUUCGGACGACUUCAAGGGCCCACUGUCGAACAAGGUCGAAUACAAAACCGACUACUGGCUGUACGUGGCUUGGGCCUUCAUCAUCGUGUGCACGUGUUUCUACUUUUCCAAAUCGACGGUCUAUGCGCAGAUUAUCGAGACGAUAAAGCGGAAUUGGCGAGAAUCGGCCGCACACCACAGUUAAAUCCGAUCUCUGAGCGGGCCAUGCGUGAAGUUGUUAUUACUAUUUCUUUAUUCUUGUG